UCAAAAGUAGGGUUAUGUGUUAUGUUAUGUGCCGACUGUCAUCGUUUUUUUAGCAUUUUUCUACAUUUUCUUUUGAAUAUAAAAAUCGGGCAUUUUCCUUAAAGUUCUAAGUCAUCUAGUCAGCAUAAUAUGGCAAAUUUAUUUAAAAAUCUUAUAUCGUUCCGUCAACAGAUCAGGUGUUUGCCUCGCUUCAGUCAGACGUUUCCCGCCGAGAAGCCUACAACAGGUCUAAGAAAAAUUGAACCUCUCUCAAAUGAAAGUUCUCUGGAACCUCUUACGGAACCUGCGAAGCCUAUCAAUAGGCAUCCGAAAUUUAAGCCACUAAAAAAUUCACCAGAAGCCCUAGUUAUUAAGCCUGCGAAAAAAGGGGAAUUUAAGACUAAAUUUACUCAUAACUUCAAUAAACCUGCUGAAGAGAUAAUUAUCGACAAUGAGGGGAAUCUAUGUUAUACCAAACUGGAAAACAACGACCCUAAGAUUUUAAAAAUGAUGUCACAAGUUAAAACACAAAGGAAAUCCAAGAAUCUUGUACUGCUUGAGGGUAAAAGACUCAUUAAGGAGGCCUUAGAAGCAAAUUGCAAAUUUGAAUGCAUAUUAUUUAGUCGGGUUAAGGAUAUUGAGUGCCUGAAGCCCUACUUACCAAAAAAAGGUAAAUUAUACAAAAUGCCUUAUAGAGAAAUCCAAAUGUGGUCAGACCUGACCACCAAUCCAGGAAUUAUGGGCAUUUUUCAAGUACCAGAAGAUAAUGCUUUUCAUCCUAAAGAAUAUCUGCCAUUAACAAUUAUUUGUGAUAACAUUAGAGAACCAACUAAUCUAGGUGCAAUAAUUAGAACCUCUAGUGGAGUUGGUUGUGAAGAAAUGCUAUUAACAAAAGGUUGCACCAAUCUCUGGGAUUCCAAGGUACUCCGGAGCAGCAGUGGAGCUCACUUUAAAGUACAUUUUUCUAGGAACCUCAACUGGGAUGAGCUUAAGCAGAAAAUUCCAAAGAAUUCACAAGUUUUCAUUGCAGAUAAUAAUGUGGUGUCUUCAGAUACCCAGUUAACAAAUGCAGACAGCAUAACUGCUGAGUUACCUGUAGUUCCAUACUUUUCUGUUAACUUUAAUUCUCAAAAACAUAUAGUUUUAAUUAUUGGAGGUGAAACUGAAGGGAUAAAUGAACAAUCCUAUAAGCUUGCUAAAGAAUUCGAUGGGGUUAGACUGAAUGUACCAUUAUCUAAUGGUAUUGACAGUUUAAAUGUUGGGACUGCUUUGGGGGUUAUUGGUUUUGAAAUAAAGAGGCAGCUGGCUAUGGAGCUAAAAAAAGAUGAAAAGCUUGAGGCUGUACACCCUCAUUAUCUCUAAUUUGAGUAUUCUGCAAUUAUAGACUGAUGUAUGCAAUUUCCAAAAAAUGGUUGAAUGAACAUAUUUUUUUAUGUUUGUGUCUUAAAAGAUUACAGUUACAUGGUUCAUAAUAAUUAUUUGAAAAAACUGUUAACUAUUAUCUAUUUAUAUUGUUUAAAUAAAUCACCUUUAUACAAA